AUGCAGGGCACUUCCCUGACCGGCGGCACCGGCGUUCUGCUGACGGCCGGCACGCUAUCUCCGUUCGGGCUCAACGAGUCGCAAGCCGACGCCAUUCUGAGCUGCGUUUCGGCGGUGCAGUGCGGCGGCGCGAGCAGCAGGUUCAGCCUCAUCUGGGGUCCGCCUGGCACGGGCAAAACAAAGACCAUCAGCGUGCUUCUGCUGACGGUGAUGACGAUGACGGCGAGAAGCCAGAGCAAAUGCCGGGUCCUGACAUGCGCGCCGACGAACACAGCAAUCUGCCAGGUCGCAUCCCGCCUCCUGGCGUUGAGGAAGCAGCACCCGAACGCCGGCGCCGGGGGGUGCCACGGCGAUCUGCUGCUGUUCGGCAACAGGAAGCGCAUGGCCAUCGACAAUGAUCUCAACGAGAUCUUCCUGGACACUCGUGUGAAGCGGCUAAGCAAGUGCUUCUCGCUGGCGACGGGCUGGAAGCCGGGUCUCCUGUCACUGGAAGUCUUUCUGACAGAUCCGAUAACCCUGAAAUACCAGUAUCAGCUAGCACGCGAGAAGAAUACUAGCACAAAUUUACCAGAGUCUUCCUUCGUCAGGUCAAGGUUCCACGAGAUCUCCCAGAAGCUUAGCGCGUGCUUCAGAACGAUCAUGUCACACGUCCCUAGAGACAUCAUCCUGGGGAAGAACUGCGAGAACAUCGCUUCGCUGACCAAGAUGCUGGGCGACUUCAGCAAGCUGCUCGGCGGGAAGAACGCCGGGAACCAAGUCGUGACGGACGUGUUCAUGCGCACGGCGACGGGAGAGCAACGCCAUGGUUCAGAGACAGCUCGCGCCCUUAGGCGGAGCAUGGCGGCGAUCCUGGGCGUCACGAGAGCUCUGGCGCGAGACCUGAAGCUUCCUCGCACGCGCCAUGGUCGCGCGAUCAAGAAGUUCUGCCUUGGAAGUGCCUCCCUUGUUUUCUGCACCGUGUCUGGCUCGGCGAAGCUGAACGAGCAGAAGAUGGACCUGCUUCUGAUCGACGAGGCUGCGCAGCUGAAGGAAUGCGAAUCCCUCGUCCCGUUGCAAGUCUCCGGGCUGAAGCACGCAGUCCUUAUCGGCGAUGAGUGCCAGUUGCCAGCAACAGUGAAAAGCAAGGUUUCAGAUAGUGCAUUGCUGGGUAGGAGCCUGUUUGAAAGACUAGGUUUACUUGGACACAAGAAGCACCUCUUAAACAUGCAAUACAGGAUGCACCCUUCCAUCAGCGUCUUCCCGAACCUCAGUUUCUACGACAGGCAGAUCUUGGACGGCCCCAACGUGACACAGACGACGCACGAGCUUAGCUACCUUCCAGGCGCGAUGUUCGGGCCAUACUCGUUCAUCAACGUCGACGGCCGGGAAGAUCGCGGCCGAAGCAAGAGGAACAUGGCCGAGGUGGCCGCCAUCCUGGAGAUACUGCGCAGUCUCAAGCAAGCUUGUGCCAGCGCGGGGCAGGUGGUCAGCGUGGGCGUCAUAUGCCCGUACGCCGCGCAGGUGGAUGCGAUUCAGGGGAGGAUAGGCGACGUGAAGAAGAUGCGGCCCCUGGUUCUUCGCGUCAACUCCGUGGAUGGGUUCCAAGGCAGCGAGGAGGACGUCAUCAUCCUCUCCACCGUCAGGUCCAACGCCACGGGCUCCAUCGGCUUCCUCUCCAACCGCCGACGCGCCAACGUCGCCCUGACGAGGGCAAGGCACUGCCUCUGGAUCCUGGGCAACGCGACGACGCUGAGCGGCAGCGGCUCCAUCUAG